AUGGGUUCCUCCUCAACUCAAAUUGAGCAUCACCAGAAGGCUGCAAAAGAAUGCGGUGACCCCAUAGUUCCGGCGACCAAAUAUCCUUCGUUUUCUUCCUCUUCCUCACUUUCAUCGUCAUCGUCUUCGCUGGCAUCUUCGUAUUUUCCCGAUGAUUCGUUUCUCAGCCCCGGGACUCCAUUCCGAUUUUCAGGUGUUCCAUUCUCUUGGAAACAUUUACCAGGGAUCCCAAAGAAGCUACAGAACCACAACCAAAAGUGCAACUCCAUUAAGUUGCUGCCAUUGCCGCCGCCGACAAUCCCACGGACUUCAAAAAACAACAGUUCCGAAGAUACGUUAAUGAGGAAGAAAGCAUCCACUGGCGCUUCCGAGAGUUUCCGGCGGGUGGAUCCAUUCUUCGCGGCGUUGGUCGAGUGUUGA